AUGCCUUCGAGCAUCGAACUCGCCCCGAAUACGACGUGGAAACAGACUAUUCCACCUUCAAAUGCUCUUGAUCCGGCCACUUUCGCACCAUUUGGGGAAGUGAUUCAAAAUCCGAGAACACACGACGGGAAGCCGAGUCUGGGGACAAUACAAGCGAAUCAAGGGACCGCAACGAAAUGGCUGGACGUCACUCACUUGGAGAACUGGUAUCAUCUGGCACCGAGUGGGAAGACAGCAAGGCCGGUGAUGAACAUGUUUGUGUGUCGACCGCGCAAACUUUUACAGGAGAGAUUCUUUGAGGUGAAGGUCCUGGAAAGACAUCCAUUUACACCGCAGACUUUUGUGCCAAUGGGUAUGGGGCCGCAGGACAGAUACCUUGUCAUCGUCGCUCCGACGUUGAAGGGCCGAACAACCGGGCGGGAUGGUAGGGACAAGCCGUACCCGGCGGAAUACACACGGCCCAAGAAGAGUUUGAAGGAGAGAUUACUCGGUGCAAGACCAAACCCUUUCACGAACGAUCAUGAGCCUUGUACCACUCCCUCGCGGUCGAAUUUAGGGCCGGAAAGGAAACCCAAGGGCUCUGGAGAGCCGGACUUCGACAACAUUCAGGCCUUCAUUGCUAGAGGCGAUCAAGCUGUCACAUACGGACCGGGCACUUGGCAUGCGCCUAUGGUGGUGUUAGGAAAGAAUGAAGUCGAGUUCGUGGUCGUGCAGUAUGCCAAUGGCGUUCCGUUGGAGGAUUGUCAGGAGGUUGAUCUCCCCAACGGGCAGAUCGCCGUGGAUGUGAACCUAGAUGGUGCCCAGGCAAGUGCACCCGGAAUCAUGAGGGCGAAGCUGUGA